AUGGAUCGUAUGCACGCACCUGGUAAGGGUAUUUCCCAAUCAGCAUUGCCGUACCGCCACAGUGUUCCUACAUGGCUGAAAUUGACCGCUGAUGAUGUAAAGGAGCAGAUAUUCAAACUCGGCAAGAAGGGCCUUACACCCUCACAAAUUGGUGUCAUGCUGAGGGACUCACAUGUUGUGGCCCAAGUCAGAUUUGUCACUGGCAAAAAGAUCCUUCGUAUCAUGAAGACUAUGGGACUGGCCCGUGAUCUACCCGAGGAUUUGUACUACCUGAUCAAGAAGGCCGUAGCCAUGAGAAAGCAUUUGGAAUUCAACAGGAAGGACAAGGUCAGCAAAUUCUGCCUUAUCCUGGUUGAGUCUCGUAUUCACAGACUAGCUCGUUAUUAUAAGACAAAGAGUGUGCUCCCACCAAACUGGAAAUCUGAGUCUAACACAGCCUUAACCCUGGUGGCUUAA